UUGGCGUUUACGCUGUCAAUCGGUGUGCUUGUCAGUUUUGCAGCUAGAAUCGGUGAAAAUUGCAAAAAUGUACCGAAAAGGCAAUUUGCUGACACGAAUCCUAAUUUUAUUCUCGUUCUGUAGUCCCAUUUUCGCGGAAUGGAAUACACGGGACUAUGUGCGACGGGAGCAUUCCCUUACAAAGCCGUACCAGGGGAGUGGAAUGUCGGUUCCUUACUGGGACUUUUUAGGUAGCACAAUAGUUACUUCUAAUUACGUUCGGUUGACUCCCGACCUGCAAUCGAAGUCGGGCGCUCUUUGGAACACCGCCCCUUGCUUCACUCGCAACUGGGAGCUUCAAGUUCAGUUCAAAGUCCACGGUCGCGGCAAGGAUCUUUACGGCGAUGGGUUCGCGCUGUGGUACGUGCGGGACCGAAUGCAGCAAGGGCCUGUGUUCGGUAGCAAGGAUUACUUCUACGGACUGGCUAUUAUAUUGGACACUUACAGCAACCAUAACGGUGCUCACAAUCAUCAACACCCAUAUAUCUCAGCGAUGAUCAACAACGGGUCCAUGCACUACGACCACGACCGCGACGGCACGCACACACAACUCGCCGGCUGCGAGGCCAAGUUCCGCAACUUCAACCACGACACGCAUCUGUCCAUCGUCUACAAGGACGACACGCUCGUCGUAUCAACGGACCUCGAAGGCAAGAACGCGUGGAAGGAAUGCCUCAGGGUUGAGAACGUGUUACUGCCCACCGGCUACUUCUUCGGGGCGUCAGCCACCACUGGGGACCUGAGCGACAACCAUGACAUCAUCUCGGUUAAGAUGUACGAACUGGAUCUGUUGGAAACGCAAAACAAAGAUGAAGACAGAUCGCAGAUAAUCCCAUCAGCAGCGUCCUUCGAAGCGCCAAGGGAGAGAGUGGAAGACGCCAAACCCGCUAUGUCUGGAGUCAAAACCUUCCUAUACAUGAUGGCGAUAGCAAUAGUAGUGUGCGUCAUAGUUGUACUGGGCAUUAUGUGGUAUCAGAAGAGACAGGAACAGUCCAGGAAAAGAUUGUACUGAUGGCUAUGGUACAUAAACAAUAUGGUACGUAUUGGCAGUGGUAGGGUGACCAAACUAUAUGGCGCAAAUACACUAUGCGGGAAAUUGAUUGAGAUGUAGUGUAAACACGCAUUUCGGUUAGUUUCGCCGUGCGUCGCCCAUACUUCCCUUCGUCUUGGAUAAUUUGUCGCAUAGUGUACAUGCACCAAUACAGUCGUAAUAUAGGUUUGGUAGGAAUCCCUUUUUUGUGGUGGGCUAGAUAGUUGUUACUUUUAUUUUUUCUGGAGGCUUUCAAACAAUCUGGUCACCCUACCUAAUUGACCACUAAAGAUUAUGUUACGAACUAAAUUAACGAGUGUGAUAAAAUCAACGUAAUAAGUAUGCGUAUUUAUUUUAUGAAAUUGUAAUUUAAUUUUAAAAUUACGUCAUGAACGACAUCAAAGUCAAAACAUUCCUAAUUAACGUAAAACAAAAUUAAUUACAAAUCUAACAAUGGCAAUAUUGAAAAAAGUAUAAAAGCAAUGUUGAAUAUAUUUUUCACGCUACAAACAAUUUAGCUGGCUGGUGUCAGAAUGUUACUAAAAUUUAAUUAAAUAUUAAACAAUAGAAAUCUCUUUGAAAAGUUUGAAAUAGUCAUUGAUUGCAUUUAAUUACAACAAUAUGGGAGGUUUUAAAUAAUUUAUUUAUUAGAUAAAAAUGUAGAUGGUCCUUUGGUGUCAACAAAUUAGACAUAGUUAAAAAUAAUACUGCCCAAAUUUUGAUAAAACAAUAUAAACAAUUAAUUCUAAAUAAUACUUAGAUAGUAGAUAUACAGCAAUUUACACGCCUUAGGCCCGUUUUCCAUCAAAGGAGAGGAGAUGUCUUUGAAUAAUCAAUCAAAUUUCGUUAUUUUCACGUCACCUCUCCGCUCCAUUUUGGUUUAGCAUCCUGAUUCCUUAUACAAACACUUCUCUCCGCUCAGCUUUGGUGGAAACCCGGCCUUACUCUAAAUUAGUGUUAGAUUUUUGCGAGCAGUAAAAAAUGCACUAUAAAUAAGAGACUCGAGAAACGUCAUCAUAUUACGUCACAAGUUGUCAAUCUGACGUGAAGUUUUGUUAAUCUUGAAUUUAAGUCAUCCAUUUUAUUAAAAAUAAAAAUCCCUUUACUGUAUAAUAUUAUUACGUAAUAAAUUGCCAUACAAUUUCUCCACAAAUCAGCUAGCUUAUAAAAUCAAUAUUUAUGCACAUGCACUCCCUGUAUUUCUACUAUACUAUGAACUUUUAAAAACUACACUUUUAGAUAGCUUACUACUGUGCACGAUUACAUAAAAAAAAACUUAGAAUUCUAGAUUUUGAUUUCGAUCUUCACUAAUUUUCUUAUCAUCAGAUAAAAAUAUAGACAAUAAUCUUCAUAUCAUUAUUUUUAUCGAUAAAAAAUAUUUAAUCAGAGUUUUUAGUACAAUCAGAGUCAAAUAAUUCGUGACACCCAAAAUAGCUAAUAAGUUCGCAACUUUUUUUUUUUUUUUUUUUUUUUCAAAUUGGAAUAAUGUAUUGUCAGCUUUUUGGCCACUUUGGGUGUCACGUACUAUUUGACGUUAACUGUACGUUGAUGCUUGUAAGAUGAUGCUAUAUUGACUAGAAAAUGCCAAUAAUUAAUUAUUCCUUUCUGUUUCCUUCCCAAAGUAUGCUUCUUUUAUUAUAAAAACGCUAGAUUAUCCGAAAAAUAUAUUUCUAUAAACUGUAGUUAGAUGUUAAAUCAAAGAUCUUAUUUUUUACGGUGGAAUGUAUUUCUGUAUGAGUUUUAGUUUGUAAAACCAUUAGUCAUUAGGUUUGUUAUUUGAUUUGCCCAUAAUGCCUCUCUUUAUUUACUCUAAAGGUGUAACUUCGGUUUAUGCGACAUCAGUGUAACACUAGAGAUUAGUGUUGUGUGUCUAUCGAUAAUCUAAUUUAUCGAUAGAAAAUUUCACUUAAAGUAGAAAGAAAAAACUCGCACAUGCAUAAAUCGAAGCAAAACCAACGAGUUUUAAUCACAUAGAUAUAAUACACCUCUUAUGUCUACUGCAGCUACGCUUUUUGUCGCCGUUUUUAG